CACCUCCCACUUAUUACCAUUAUUUUCUAUCACACCAUAAUACUCUAAUAUCAUAUCGUAUCAUAUAUUAUAUCGAUCCAUCAUUUAAUGGCCGGAGAGACGAGAUUCCGAGUACUCAAUAAGCCUUGUGUUCUUUUAAUAGUCAUUGCUGGAAUCGAGAGGUUUGUGUUUAAAGGGGUGGGGUCGAAUCUUGUGAUAUAUUUGAUAGAUGUGAUGGAUAUGAGUAGCUCCUCUGCUGCCAGGACUGUUAAUAGCUGGACCGGGUUCACGUCCAUGGUGCCAUUAUUCGUGGCCCCUCUUGUGGACUCAUAUUGGAACCGCUAUUCUACUAUUUUAGCCUCGUCUUUCAUAUAUCUAAUCGGACUAUUGGCAUUAACAUCAACAGCAUUAAACAAAACAAACUCCUCGUCUUCGUCAUCAUCAUUGUACAUGUCACUAUAUCUGAUUUCACUAGGCAUAGGUGGAUACAACCCUUCAUUGCAAGCGUUCGGCGCUGAUCAAAUAGACACCGAUCAAGAUGAGCUUCCAACGACGAAAAAUGACAAUAAGGAUUCUAACAAGAAAAGUAUGUUUUUUCAGUGGUGGUAUUUUGGUGUGUGUAGUGGAGCUCUUUUAGGCGUGUCGAUUAUGCCUAAUAUACAAGAUUCUGUUGGUUGGGGUUUAGGGUUCGCCAUGCCUACCAUGGCCUUGGUGGUCUCUAUGGUUAUGUUUUCUUGUGGGAGCCGGUUUUACACCUAUAGCCACGAGACAAGCAAUGACGUUAAAUCUUUGGAGAAAAUCGUUCAAACCGUUAAAUGUUCUUUGUCUAAAUUUAUCCAUUCGAAAAAUGAUGAAAAAUCCAGUCUUGCCGAGAUUGAGCUUGAAGAUAAACCAUUGUGUUUAAAAGGAGAAAAUGAAACUGAAUGUUUAGCUCAUGACCAAAACUCACACAACACUACUAAUCAUCUGGUUGAAAUCUUAAAAGUCGUGGUUCGGCUACUACCAAUAUGGACAACCCUGCUCAUGUUUGCGGUCAUUUUCCAACAACCAGCGACGUUUUUCAUAAAACAAGGCAUGUCAAUGAAAAGAAACAUAGGAGAUAGCUACAAGAUCCCACCAGCCACACUUCAAAGUGCAAUCACAAUAUCCAUAGUCCUUCUCAUGCCAUUUUACGACACAAUCUUCAUUCCCUUCACUCGUUUAAUCUUACGCAAUGAAAAUGGGAUCACAACAAUGCAAAGGAUCGCCAUUGGGAUGUUCCUUUCUGUCAUUGCAAUGAUAUUUGCGGCCACAGUUGAAAUGAAGCGUUUGCAGUUACCAUUGGAAACACUUAGUAUAUUCUGGCUAUUGCCUCAAUACAUAUUAUUGGGGAUUUCAGAUAUUUUUACUGUGGUUGGAAUGCAAGAGUUUUUUUACAGCGCGGUCCCUCAAGGAAUGAGGACAAUGGGAAUAGCUUUGUAUACAAGUGUGUUUGGAGUCGGGAGCUUCUUGAGUGCGUUGUUGGUGUAUCUAGUCGAGUAUUUUACUACCUCGGAAGGGGGUAAAGGGAACUGGUUUGCCGAUGAUAUGAACGAAGCCAGGCUUGAUAAGUAUUAUUGGUUGUUAGCCGGUACAAGUACUUUGAGCUUGGUUUUAUUUGUAUUACUUUGUAUAUUUCAAAAGACAAGAUAAUUAACAACGUACCAGAACCAGGCCCAAAGGGUGGUCUAGUUGGUCAGUCUAUAAUUUAAUCACAGGUUUACAUUAUAGUUUUUCGGGUUCUUGGAAAGAAAACAUAGAUGUUAAGUUGUUAGCCAAGUAAUUUUAGUGUUAUUGGUUUCGUCUAAUCUUGCCGUGUUGUACAUAUUGUCAUUUGGUCGUUUUUUGGAUUUUGUCUAAUAUAGAUAUACGUGUAGAUCUCCA